CACACACACACACACACACAAAGAAAGAUGCAGUACUGUUCCAAAUAUAUCUUUUAGAUUAUGAAAUAUCUACAGUCAUAUACUACUGUAUCAGCUAGCAUUACCCGUAUCUCUUAAAUCCACUAGUAUUUCAGGACUAAAAGACAUCAAGCUCCUGAUUAUCUACUAUGACUCUAAAUAUAGUGUCAGUUUGUUCUUUUACCUCUUCAGGAGUAAAUUCAGUUGAGUAUAUGGGAGUCAAGAGGCCUGAACCAUCCAGGCAUCUUUUUUUGAGACGGAAUCCUCUCUUUACUCUAGCUGAAGGAUCCCUAGGGAGAGACAUCAAGAGGACACAGAGACUGCACUUGAGUCUGAGGAAGAAUGCUGCCUUCACUAAGUGGAUUCACUCAUAAAACCCAUAACUGUCUUGAAACUGCUAUACUGAAGGUCAUUAGUCAGCAUCUGAUUGCCUCAGCAAGUUGUCUUUUCUUGGUUCUCAUCUUGCACAGCUCAUUACCUUCUUUAAAUGCUUGUGGACUCUUAUCCUUGGGUACACUGUCCUGACUUCCCUUUUCUCUCGUGGCUUUUGUUUUUUCCUUCUGUUAGUGGAUAUUUUCUCUCCUUCUUCAAUUUUGAGGUGAUUUCCAAAAUCUUCUUGUCUCACCUUUUGCCUGUAGAUAUUUUCUUCCUUUGUGUCAACCGCCUCCUCAACAAAGAAGAUUCCCACUUCUAUACUUCUAGAAAAAUUCCUAACUUCCUGCUAGACUUCUCCACCUCGAGCUAUCUACACCUCGCAAAGCAGCGUGUGUUACCAUUUGCGCAGGCCCUUUGUCUCUCUUCCUCUGCGGUUUUCUUCCUGCUCUUCCCUCCAUCUGGAGCCCCUUUGCAAAUUCAACCUGUUCAAAUCCUGCUUAAGUUCAAGCCUCAAAUACACUUCCAGCUCAAAGCUUAUCAAGACUUCUUUUCACCACAUUUGAUAUCUUCACGUUUUGAACUCAGGUGGCACUCUGGGUUGUCUAACCUACAGAAAUGAUUCAACUUUGUAUAAUUUGUUGGUUAUUUAUAUACCCUUAUGCUGUAAUUCAUAAUUUACUCGUACUAUACUAUAUACAUGUUAAGAAAAUGUAGCUUUCCCCCGCUAUAGCCAGGCUGAUUACCUUCACAAGCCACCACCCACCUGAUGUGAAUAAAGCACAGUAGUAAAUGGCAUAUAUGACAUGACAAUUUUUUCCUAAAGAAACAUGUGAUGAGUGUGGUUAUUCACAUAUUUUUCCUGACUUUACCCACCAUUGAGGAUAAGUGGUUCACAUGUGUAAUAAUACACAAACUCCAGUGUCUGAGACCCCUCAUGUGGCUAUACAAUACUUUACUCUGUCCCCGCCAAUUUGUACCUUGAGGAGUCCUAGAGGAAGGGAGAAGAAAGAUCCUGAUUUAAUCAGCACGUUGCAUUCCUUCUGCUCCAGUGUCCUUUGCUCAGACUUUAUGACCCCUUGUCACAGUUCACUCAAGGGGUUUGUCCCACCCGUUUUCUGUGUGGCUACCAAUCUACUCCACUCCUCCAAAGAGCGAUCUUCUUAUCUCUCCCCAGAUAUCUGAGAAGCUUGCUAUUUUAAUUCCACGGGGAAAUUAUAGGUCCCUGUGGCAGUAGGAAUCACAGUGCUUUCUUCUAUAUCAUUGUUCUCUUUUAUUCAGAGCAGUCAAGCUCUUGAAGGGAGGAGAAAAAGAGGGGUCAGAAGAUGGUCAAGCCCAGUAUCACACUGUACUUGUACCUGUUCCCUCCAAUCUUUGGGUGCUGGACCUCAAUCUACCUACCCUUCAAGAAUACUAUACUCUUCUUGUACCCGCUCCAGCCGAAUCUCUUUCGGGGAGCCUGAGUUCAUCUGACAGAUCUUACAAAUUGGAAACCUAUCUGCAGGGAAGAUUCAUAUUUUCUCCCACAGUCCUAGACUCAGUGAAGAUCAGAAAAUAUGUCUGGACUCCUGUUCCAGUGUCCUUGAGGUCAUUAGACUGACGUGGCUCUAAUGCCAUGGCAAUCUGUAAAACUACUAUGGCUCUCUCUGAGAAAAUCAAAACCGAGGACUUAGUACAUGCAGUUGGUGAGAGUGCAGCAUUGGGGACGGCAGGAAUAAUAUUGUGGGGAGGAUAUGAAUAUUCUGAUUCAAAGGAGACCUGCUUGUCUGUGCAAAAAUUCAUUCAAGGGCCAUUGGACAGUUAUGCUGUUAAUGUGACAACAGCAGCCAAACUCUGCAAAGUCUAUGUCACAAUAAUGGAAGAUGUGUUCGAAAAGCACCUGAAUCCUCCUCCUAUCUGCAUAUGCCUGAAAGUAGCAGUAAGAAAUAUGCCCUAAGAGCUUGAGAGUCAUCAUUUCUCCAGCCAAUAAACUGAAGACGAUAAAGGACAUGAAGGAUGGGCUUGUGUGUCACUGCUGUCAUGGCUGGCAUGGAGAGUCUUGCCAGCAACGUUCUUCGGAUGUCCUGAGAGGGAAGGAUAAGCCUCCUAUGGCUAACUUUAAAUUAUCGGUUUCUCUGCAUGACCUUCUCUGCGAUUCUGUUGAUUUUUUUUACCCCCUACGACAACGUCAAUAUUUCCUUGAAAUACUGAAGGGUAGGAGAUGCUGAUUUUUUUUCUUUAACUUCAAUCUACUUCUAAAAUAUCUGUUGGCUUUAAAGUAAAAUAAAUAAAUAAAUAAAGGUAUUCAUUGGCUCCAUAGAGCCAUUAGAUAGAGCAAUUAUUUAUUGGGUACUUACUUCAUGCGAGGCACUAAGGAUAAGGAUGUGAAUGUACCGAAGUCUCUGUCCUUGGGGAGCUUAAAUUAUUGUGGGAAAAUGAACUAUAAUAAAUAAACAAAUACGUUUAUAUCAAAUGGUGCUAAGUGCAGUGGAGGCUAACAAAGCAG